CGCUUUUGACCAAUCACAACCGUGGCGACGUGGCAUUUGCCUCGUCAUUCCCUUAUCUGCCGGACCCAACAGAAGCCUAGCGGAGACUCAUGGCGAGCAGCUCGGACGACACGGCGGCCCUGGCUGAACAGCUGCGACAGGAACGCAAGAAGCUCACGCUCUUCCGUCGCCCUUUUAGCGUGCUGUACCACUUCAGCGUCGUGUUCUUGCGCUUCCUCAAGUGGUUAGCGCUACGCGUGCAACGCAGUCGUGCCACGCGUUUCGUGUUACUGCCGCUGCUUGUGCUGUGGCUCGUGGCUUCGAGUCGUGACGGGCCUCACCGCCAGCUUCUGGAUGAAUUCAAUGAAACGGUCAAGUUCGUGGUCUGGUGGGUCGGUCUGGGCGUGCUCUCGAGUGUGGGGUUGGGCACGGGAAUGCACUCGGGCAUCCUGUUCCUCUUCCCCCACAUUUUUCUCGUGGUGCAGGGCGCAGAAGAAUGUAAAUCUCUGGACUUUGACAGUCGCCACCACAUGUGGUUCCACCCUUUCGAAGCCAACUGCAACAACGUCCCCGAGGUCUCCACUGUCACGUUCUCCGCCAUCUUCUGGAAGGUUUUCCUGCCCUGCAUGCUCUGGGGCGCAGGCACUGCAGCUGGUGAGAUCCCUCCUUACGCACUCAGUCGCGCCGCUAAGCUGGCUGGACAGCGUAACGAGGAGUUCGAGGAGAUCGCCGAGUCCAAGUCCCAGUACAACCUCAUGAACAGCAUGAAGGACUGGAUGAUCCGGUUCCUGGAGAAACACGGCUUCUGGGGUGUGCUGCUCAUGUCUGCCUGGCCCAACAUGGCCUUCGACCUCUGUGGUAUCUGCUGCGGACACUUCCUCAUGCCCUUUUGGACGUUCUUCGGUGCUACACUCAUCGGCAAGGCACUUAUCAAGGUCAACAUGCAAGCCGCGUUCUUCAUCACCAUCUUCACGGACGCGCAUCUCAAGCGUGUGGAGGCCUUUAUCGGACGUGUAACUCCCGAGGAGUGGGGACUUGGCUCCCGUGUUAGCGAGUUCUUAUUUGAAUGCCGCGAGAAGUUCCACUCAGCGCAGAGUAAGGCCGCAGCAGAGCACGCUGGUACGGCGGCGGCUUCUAGCAGCAGUCUGGUGUCCCAGCUGGGCUCAUGGAUCAUGGUGGCCUUCAUCGCCUACUUUGCCAUCUCGUGCAUCGAGCAGUUCGCGCAGCAACACGCCGCCGAGGAGGACGAGAAGAAGCUCAAGAAGCAGAAGUAAGCGUCCGGCUUUGGUAGCCCAUACACUAUCCUGGCACGAGUACAUGGAGCCAGGUGACCCGAUUAGUGAGAAGAGUAAGCUCUUGAGCUCUCCUCAGGACAUUUUCCAUAUUGAUAUAGCUUUUUUGCAUGUUGGAUAUAUUUCUUCCGCCAUUAAUCGCUUCACAAUAGAGAGCAUUCAGACACUUUGAUGAACUUUGUGC